GCGGCGGCGCGCCGGGGCAGUGCCAUGCUGCUCUCCGUCCUGGCGGCGCUGUGCCUGGGGCUGCGCCUGACGCUCGGCGUGCGCGGCGCGCCCUGCGAGGCGGUGCGCAUCCCCAUGUGCCGGCACAUGCCCUGGAACAUCACGCGGAUGCCCAACCACCUGCACCACAGCACGCAGGAGAACGCCAUCCUAGCCAUCGAGCAGUACGAGGAGCUGGUGGACGUGAACUGUAGCUCGGUGCUGCGCUUCUUCCUCUGCGCCAUGUACGCGCCCAUCUGCACGCUGGAGUUCCUGCACGACCCCAUCAAGCCGUGCAAGUCGGUGUGCCAGAGCGCGCGCGACGACUGCGAGCCCCUCAUGAAGAUGUACAACCACAGCUGGCCCGAGAGCCUGGCCUGCGACGAGCUGCCCGUCUACGAUCGCGGCGUGUGCAUCUCGCCGGAAGCCAUCGUCACCGACCUCCCCGAGGAUGCUAAGUGGAUAGACAUCACACCAGACAUGAUGGUUCAGGAAAGGCCUCUGGAUGUGGACUGUAAACGCCUAAGCCCUGACCGGUGCAAGUGCAAGAAGGUGAAGCCCACUCUGGCGACAUAUCUGAGCAAAAACUACAGCUACGUCAUUCACGCCAAGAUAAAAGCUGUGCAGAGGAGCGGCUGUAACGAAGUGACCACCGUGGUGGACGUGAAAGAGAUCUUUAAGUCCUCGUCCCCCAUCCCGCGAACGCAGGUCCCGCUCAUCACCAAUUCUUCCUGCCAGUGUCCUCACAUCCUGCCCCACCAAGACGUUCUCAUCAUGUGUUACGAGUGGCGUUCCAGGAUGAUGCUUCUUGAAAACUGUUUAGUUGAAAAAUGGAGAGAUCAACUCAGUAAAAGAUCCAUACAGUGGGAAGAGAGGCUGCAGGAACAGCGCAGGACUGUUCAGGACAAGAAGCGAACAGCCGGGCGGACCAGUCGUAGCAACACGCCGAAACCAAAGGGAAAGCCGCCCGCCCCCAAGCCAGCCACCCCCAAGAAGACCAUUAAAGCUAGGAGUGCCCAAAAGAGAACAAACCCAAAAAGAGUGUGAGCCUGCUGCUUUCUGGAACUGCCUCCCAGGAUGAGGCCAGGUGCCGCCCAGCCUGGGGGAGGGCCCGCUCCCCUUGCCUUAACAACUACAGCGCUCCCCAUAGACACAUCUUGCGGCAUUUUUCUUAAUGAUCUGCUUCCAUUUUUCUUUUCAAGCCACCACAAACCGUAGUGGUAGGUAUGUCCUUUGGUGCGGAAGGUAUAUGAAAGCUGAACGCGGGUGGACAAAGCCGCUCGUGGCAUGUGGAGUGACCUUCGCAGUGCCUACCCUGGGAGAUCUCUGUGUGUGGGAAAGACGCUUUGGUUCUUACAUUUGACCUAAUAUGUGCAUUGGAAAAUAAAUGCCAUAUUACAAACAAAACACCCUUUUUUUUUUAACAAUAUGUUUUGUUUCGGUUUGACUUGUGUUGUUAGAUGGUUCGUGAUAUUUUAAGAUGGGAUUGGAAAUACAAUGAUUCUAAGGAGGAAAGUGGAAACAAUGAAUGUCCCAAGGAGCCUUAUGUGUUUGCUGUUUGAGGAAGAAUUUCAUUUCAUUGUGAUGAAAGGGAAUUUUUGAAUAACUUAGAAAAGCAGAAUGUGGAAAAUUUUAUUUUAUUUUAUUUUAUUUUACAAAGAACCCUUUUAGCUCAUUUUUAGCCAGAAACUUUGGAAACUAAAAAAAUAAUAAUGAUAACUAAGGCAAUAAAAGGGAAAGGCAGGCACAGUGCAUCUGGAUUCUUAUUUCCCGGCUGCCAUGCCAUGGGUGGAAAGGUGCUGAAUUCACUUUCAUGAUGCUUCUCAUUAGCAAUGCUUAUGUAGCACCAGAAACAAGAGUUCAUUUCUCCUAUUAUGAUUCAUGUACCAGUAACUCAACCCCCAGAGAAUUUCACAUCCGUGGACGUGGUGCUCACGUCAUCUCCCAGGACAUACCUUGAUGCCAAGCCUGAGAAAAUUUUCUGUCUGCAGAUAACCGGUGCUUGCGAAGGUGCCAUGGGCCCAAUGCGGGGGCAGGGGUGGGGCGGGAGGUUGGGGACCAGGACUUCAAAGCCCCUGGUUCUCAGCCGACGCUGGUACCCCAGUCACACACCAGCUCUGUGCUCGGAAAGGCAACUAUAGUCACUUCUCCAUUCGAGGAAGUGGAGGAACAAUCUGAAAGCUGAAGUAUAAUAUCUCCUUUAGCUUUCCCAAUGUCCCUGCUUCCCACAGAAGGCGUGAAGUGACAAGUCGUGCUCACACAAGAUCAUUAGACACACAAUCUCCUCUCAUCUCUGUAGCCAUCGGGACACAGAAUAGAGGGGGUUGCGUAAACCCAGGAGAAAGUGGAGAAAUGGGGUUAAUAAGAAUGCAGGCAUGGGCUGCCCUCUCCGUUGUCACCACUGCAGGGUGGUGGAGUUAAAGGAGUCCAGGAGAGGGACCCACACAAGGGUACCAACAGUGAACUAGUGUAAGUUGCUGCUCCAUUAAAGGUCAAACUUCACUGGCCCGUAAGGAAAGCUGGAGAAGGUUCUGCAUAGCACCACACCAAAGAAACCCACCUGAGGCCAUUAUGAGGCAUUGGCAGCCUAGCCUACCUCCUCAGCAUUGUAGGGAUUCUCCAGGGAGGGGAAUCGGAAAUGGAACUUUUCACGGAAGUGGAGACAAAACACAUAUGUAAGCAAAAGUCAACACUUUAAGUACAAUACUGAAGGGAUUAAGAGUUUGAAGAGGACUACAUAUUUAAACACUGUUUACUUUAAAUAUUUAACUAAAAUCACGUACUGAAUAUUAGAUGAAAUGUAGUACUUCAAGAGGAACAUUAACACCUUACACAAUUCUUAACUAAGCACGUUUAUACGUUAGAUAAUAUGUAACCACGCACAUAUAUCCACUUGCUUAAUCGACAAAAGACGAACCAGGCCACUCGGUUUAUUUAUUUUGAGAAAGUCAAAAAUGAACAGCAGCUCACACUGAGAGUAACAUGUCAAGGAUGAUGGUGGCCUUUGUGUGAGAACCAAAAAUUUCCUUCUCUCCCUUGAAUAUUUUCUCUAUCGAAAUACAUGUGAGAGGAGUUAAAUAAAAAUAUAUGGAAAGGAAAGUUGAGACAUUGAAAUGAGACUUGUUUGAGAGUUGGGUUAUUUAGUGAGAAAAAAUAACUUAUUUCACAAUAUUUGGAUCAGCAAAUCUCAUAAUUAAGGACAAAUGCAGGCAUUUUUUUUCAAUAAUUGUAUCGGUCUUUCAAUAAGAUGGUAAACAUGUAUUUUCUAUAAAGUAUUUAAUAAAUGCAUAAAGUACAAAUAGUGGAAUUAAAAUCCUAGCUAAUCCUGUGCAUGGCUAUGCAGAAGUAAUUACUGUAUUUUGGUUUACAAUUUUCCACAUGCUUCCUAUGCAUUUAUAUAAUGAUUUGAGGAAGGGAAAAAAAACCCAAGAGCUUAUUAUGCUUACUGUUGAUUAACCUUCCUUCUCCACUCAGCCUCUUAUUCAGACUAGUUCUCGUGUCAAUAAAACUGAUGCCACCCCA